AGUGUAUUCGAAAUAUCGCAGACUAGACGUUGUACACGCUGGUACCAGUUCAUUCAGUCAGUGUGUCGGUAGUACCCGCCUCAUUCUACUCAGAUACUGGCUAUCCUGUUACACAUUUCGUGCUCUUGCUAUGCUUGCUGUGGUUAUUAAGUACUAACAAAAGCUAACCGAACAUCCAAUGAAGAUGCCCGAAAACUGCAGCAUAAGCGACAGGAACCAUCCUGAAAGCAACAAACAGCGCAACAUCCAAGUCACCGCUAAAGUCCUCUUCGGCUCCGUGCAUGCCAUCAGCAGAUUGAAGCAGGAGGAGAAGGCGGCCAAGGAGAAUAAACGAAUUUAAAAAUUGCGCUAUGGACGAUGAUACUCACGGACGUUUUACUGACAACGACAUUACCACACGACCAAUGGACUAACGACGACCCACAUAACUUGACCAAAAGGAAAGAAAGCGACUAUUUCGAAAAGAACGACGCAGUUAAGGAAAACGAAAGCGAUGAUAAUAGCAAGAGUGAAAGCUACUACAAAAUUGAUAAGAGGGAGUUGGAUGAUGCGGUCGACUAUGGGAUCAGGGCCAUGCAAGAACUUAUCGAGGUCAAAGAACCGAAAUGGUACAAAAUGGGCUUGUAUUUGGAUGCAAAAGAGCCGGCUCACCACGUUGCGAAUUUUGGAGCCCCUAUCAAAAAAGCUAUCGACUUGUCAAAUUUCGGUUACGCCUCCCUGGAAGCCACUAAACGACUUGCAGAAACUUAUCCGGAAAAUGUGAGUCGACAAGCCGCCGGCAGUUUCGACACGAGACUCCGGGAGGAUGUGUGUCCAUUGAGGGGCACCCCUAGGUGUCCUGCGGCCUCCCGAAGGUACCGAACAGCCGAUGGUACCUGCAACAACUUUAAUAAACCAUGGAGAGGUUCUUCGCUACUACCCAUGCAAAGGUUCCUACAACCGGUCUACGAAGACGGCAUCCAAGCACCUCGCCGGUCCGUUUUCGGAAACAAGUUACCAUCUGCUAGGGAAAUCAGUACCAGGAUCCACCGCGACAAGAAUUUUGAAGUACCAACGGUCAGUCUCAUGUUUAUGCAAUGGGGGCAACUGAUCGACCACGAUCUGGUGUCAACUGUCAAAUCGCGAAGCUUCAAUGGGACGGUUCCCAGGUGCUGCCACAGAGGAGGACAAGCCCUUCUCCCACCAGAGCUCACGCACCCAAGUUGCCUGCCAAUCGAAGUAUCCCCCGACGACUGGUUCCUCUCCCCUUUCGGCCUCCGCUGCAUUGAAUUCAUCCGAAGUGCUCCUUCUACCCGCAUUGACUGUGAUCUAGGUUGGCGCGAGCAAAUCAACCAAGUCACUUCAUACCUCGACGCUUCCCCUAUUUACGGCAGUGACAUCGAAACAUCCGACUCAAUGCGCGUUUUUCGCAAAGGGAAACUUCACUAUGGCCGUCCACAAGGGCGCGAACCUCUCCAACCCCCUGAUCCUCCAGGCGGGGAACUCUGCCGAUCAGGAGCCGUCACUAGUGACUGUCUCCAAGGGGGUGAUGGCCGACUCAGCGAACAGCCGGGGCUUACAGCCCUCCAUACUGUGUUUCUGAGGUACCACAAUCGAUUAGCAACGGUUUUGGGGCAAAUCAACCCGCACUGGAGUGACGAAAAAGUGUAUCAAGAGACGAGAAGAAUCGUGGUUGCGAUUAUCCAACAUGUGACGUACCGGGAGUUCCUUCCCAUUGUUCUAGGUCCGGAAGUUGUUGAUUUGUUUGAGUUGAAGUUGGAACGAAAAGGGUAUUACUCCAGUUAUGACGAUCGGGUUAAUCCAGAAGUUGCAAAUGCCUUUGGGAGUGCAGCUUUCCGGUUUGGGCACAGUAUGGUACAAAAUUCUUUUGUUAGGUUUGAUACCAAGCACCGGCCACUCUUUAAUAAUGUGACCCUCCAUGAGGAGCAAGAAAACGUGGAAAACAUCUGGAGUUUGGGAUCAUUAGACCGGCUUUUGCUCGGCUUUUGCAACCAACCGUCGCAAAGACGUGAUGAGUUCAUUUGCGAGGAACUCACGAACCAUUUGUUUCAAUCCCGGGGAUUCCCCUUCGGAAUGGACCUCGCCGCUAUUAAUAUUCAAAGGGGGCGCGACCAUGGUCUUCCCCCAUAUACUUCUUGGCGUGAACCGUGCGGUUUAAGCCCUAUUAAAUCGUGGAAAGAUUUGGAAAAAAUUAUGAACCCGGACACAGUCCACCGUUUCGAAAGUCUUUACGAACAUAUCGACGACAUCGAUUUGUUUUCGGGGGGUUUAGCCGAGAAACCGGUCCGAGGAGGCAUCGUUGGCCCCACUUUUGCGUGUAUCAUUGCCCAACAGUUCCUAAAUUUGCGGAAAGGUGACCGAUUCUGGUAUGAAAAUGGCGGAUUUGAAUCGAGUUUCACUCCUGCGCAACUCCAACAGAUCCGUCACGUGACCCUUGCCCAUGUACUUUGUCAAACUUUGACAGAGAUUGAAACUAUCCAACCUUUUGUUUUUCUGACAGUUGAUAGUUUUCGCAACUCCCGAUUGUCAUGUGACAAUCCUGUGCUUGACAAUUUCGACUUGUCACCUUGGAUUGAAGAGGAUUUGAAUGAGGUGCGAAGACAAGGGAAGAAGAGACGGAAGUUGAAACGUACUACCAAAAAACCUAAAGUUGCAACUCCCGUCAAGGUCAAAGUUUACAACACGACAACUCACACGGUUAAAGUACAGACAAAACAGACUUACACUAACAAUUACGGUAACAUACCAAAUGACAUACCUCAACGACCGACUUUUGACAGUUACAAUGACAGACGGACGACUAGACCUGACGUGACUUACUUAUUUGGAGUUGUAGGCGAAUCGACAACUCCUAUUCCAACUCCAAAACCGUUCCAAGUCAAUAUUAAAAUUCAGUACUAUCCCCCAACAACUCCUAAACCGACCAGACGUACCCGACGCCCACUUGAUACUUACGACACGACGACCAAACAAAACUUUUACAGUGACGACUACUCAGUUUUUCGACCUCAAAAUUACUACCAAAGUAAAUACGAAGACCAGCCUUUUACAACCUCAAAAAGACCUUACAUUUACUCAAACAACUACGUUUAUUCGAAACGGCGACCCCAAGACGAUGUUUUCGACAGACUUUACAGCGAUGUCUACUCGAGUUCUUCUAAUUUUGGGGACCAAGACGAUUUGCCACGACCUUUUAAACAAUACGCGACAGGUCAUGUGGAAAAACUCUCGACUAAUGACGAACACGACAAAAUAGACUUCUACACUCCCAAAAAGCAGUCCGGUGGUACUAAAUUUGUGAAAAUUUCAAGUGUGAAAGGGCAGGAAUAUUUAGAUCCGAGCGGAGCAACUGUUCAAUUACAUGUUUCACAACGUGAAGGGGAUUUAGAACUUGAAGAAGGUGGUACCAAUGAUGAAGUAAGGCUAGUAGACCUAGAGGUACUACCGGGAGACUCAAAAUGGCUGGUUUACAACGCCACGGAAGAGGAACUAGACAUAAUGGUACUUCCUGAUGUCAAUCUAAACAUUUCCUGCUCCAGUGAACUUCCCAGACCUUUUCUUAGACGCAACUUGACAGUACCUGAGACAUGACUUGACCUGACUUAGUUUUAAUUUAAUUUAAUUGUUUCGAAAAAUUUUCGACUGGAUUUUUUUAAAGUACCGGCUAAAAUACUGCCAUGAUGGGUGAUAUGUGUUAUUUAUUAAUUUUUGUAUUUAUUAUUUUGGUGUAAUAAAGUUAUUUUAUUAAU